CCGGGACAAACCCUCGCGCCGGGUCAAACACUCACCCCUGGACAAACUCUAGUCCCUGGAGCAACCUUGGCUCCCGGCCAAACUCUUGCCCCGGGACAAACGCUCGUCCCUGGGCAGACAACUGUGCCAGGAGCAACUCUUGCGCCGGGACAAACGCUCGUCCCUGGGCAGACAACUGUGCCAGGAGCAACUCUUGCACCGGGCCAGACUCUUGCUCCUGGGCAGACACUUUCCCCCGGUCAGACAGUGGCACCAGGAGGAUUGGCGACAAGGCAGAGCUCGGCUGCGAGCCAGCUUGUGCCGGGGCAAACGGCGGUGCCUGGGGCGACUCUCGCCCCAGGCCAGACGCUGGCUCCGGGGCAGACUCUCGCCCCAGGAGAAACGCUCGCGCCAGGUCAGACGGUGGCGCCAGGA